UCUCUCUUCUCUCCCCUUUGUUUUGUUUUGUUUUGUUUCUUCACUUCGCAUUCGCUACUCUUUCAGUUCCGGUUCGCAAGUUUCUUGUGCUUGAUGGCGACAGAAGAAUCCAAUGACAUUGGCACACCUUGCAAAUCUGUGGUGCCUCAAGAUGAAACUCAAAACAGACCUUUAUUACCUGAUUGGACUAGGAUGCAGGCAUAUUACAACCCUGGAUCUACUCAAAUUCCCCUUUUAAAUCCGCAUGCAACUGGCUCUUACUUGUAUCACCACAUGACACCAAAUCAGGAUGCUGCUUUGGUUUUUUCGCAAAAAGUACACCAGAAUUUUGGUAAGCGCAAUCUGGAUUCGAAGAAUAAUUGUGCUGGAAACAGGGAUGGAAUGUCAAUGAAGGAUUUUUCUUCAACUAUGAACCAACAAUUUAAUAUGGUCCUUGGAAAUGAAAAUUCAACUGUAUUCAAUCAUAAUUUGGGAACAGGCCUGAACGCAUCCAGUAUUAGUGCUCAACUCACAAAGCUGGAAGCGGAUCAAAUAAGAAAAGAAAGAAAGAGACAGUCAAAUAGGGAAUCGGCUAAGAGAUCAAGGCUACGGAAGCAGCAAGAAUGUGACGAGCUAUAUCAAAACAUUGACACUCUUAAGGGCAAAAACAAAUCACUUACAGAACAGCUUCGAAGUCUUUCUGAGGAAUGUGAGGCGCUUAUCAAUGAAAAUGAUUCGAUAGAGGAAGAGCUGGUUAAGACGUAUGGACCAGAAUCAAUAGCAGAUUUACUGCCCAUGAAGCCUGCUGGGGGAUGCACAAACAAAAGUUGAAGAUAGGAAGCAUCUCAAAUUAUCAGAAUACAUCUUUUUUUCUUAUUAAUUAGGGCCAGUUUUGAGGUUUGACCCUGUUUAAGCUGUCCAGAUUAAAGAAACUCUGAAAAUAGAAGUGAGUGAAAAUAGUACAAUAAUGAUGGCUUUCAAAUAAUAAUUUGAAGAAUUUACAGUCCAUUUUCCAAAUAAAUCAAAUUUCAAUAUUAAGCGUUGAGGAAA